AUGGCCACCCGCGGCGUGGCUUGUGCUGAUAUCGAGCGACCGUCAAAGAAACGCCGUUUCUUUGUUGAAGAUGACAGUGCAGUCCCCUCGAAUGAAGCCACACAGGCUAUGGACGCGUUGUCCGAGAGGGCCAAGUCUGUUCACUCGGCCAGAAGCCCAACACCUGGCGUCUUGAAUUCUGAAGCUUCAUCUCUCACCGCUCAUGAUACUACUAGAUUGGCAGCUGGAACUGUCGCUGCGGCUGAGGAUGGAUUUGACAGUGAACUUUUCACUAGCAUCGUCGGGCAACCGGUUGAUGCAAGCACCGUUCAAAAAAUUCGAAUAGCUGCAAAGGGUGACAUGCAAACAGCAAUUAAUCUUUAUCUUGACGGUUCUUGGGGCGGAGACGCCGCAACACAGAGGUCUACGGUAACAUCCCCUGUACGAAAUGGAACGCCCUCCGAACCAAUUACGAAUCCUCAUGCAAAAGUGCCAAUCACUAAAGUCGAAGACGCAUCCCACGAUGCCGAAGAUGAUCCUAAUAUUAUCACGACUGAUCCUGAAUUUCGCUAUAUAGGCUCUUUUGGUGUUGGUGCAUGGUCAACGAAGAGUGGCACGAAUUUAGUGAAACACGGAGAGCUGGUCAACAUUGAGCGGACUAAAUUACAACCAACCAUGAAACCUGGGAGGGGAGGCAAACCGGUUGCACGGAUGUCAAAUCAAAAAAGCGAUGUGAUAACGCGGUUCACUAAUGGAGAUGGCGAGGAGAUUGGGAGACUCCCCCGGGAAACGGCUGAGUGGGUUUCGACAUUGAUUGAUCAGAAAAUAUGCCGAUUUGAAGGUGUAUGUGUUUUUGCCCCGGAUCAGAUCCGUGUAAAUGAAACCAUAUACCUUCAGUUGAAAUGUUUUCUAUGGAGAGGUGUGUUUCAGCAGAAGUCUUUUACGGCGCUUGGGGAUGAUAAUGCCCCUCCAAGAAUAUUCGAGGAGCAAGAAACUGCCGAGGAAAAGGCCCUUCGCUUGCGACAAGUCGCAUUAGUUAAACUUUUUAGCGAAAUCCACCUUGAACCAACAUCGGUUAAUGAAAUGAUGGCGCGUCACAAGAAGGAAGGCUUGCUUCAGGCGGCGCAGAUGAGCGAGAAGUUGAGUGAGAGGCUCAAAAGGACAUCAAACUCUACGGCCCAGCAAAGUGGAGCUAGCGAAUCUUCAGAUGAGGAAGAUGGCGAGAAGCUCGAUGAAGACCAGCUUGAUACCCUGUAUAAGAAGGCCCAAUCCUUUGAUUUCAAUAUGCCUGAAAUGGAACCCGGACCUGAUUUCGCUAUGGACCUUCGAAAAUACCAAAAACAGGCUUUAUAUUGGAUGUUAGGUAAAGAGAGAGAUGCCCAGCCGAAACGUGAGCAAUCUAUGCACCCGUUGUGGGAAGAAUAUUCUUGGCCAACAGAGGAUAUGGAUUGUCAACCACUACCUCGUGUGCCCAAUCGUGAAAAGUUCUAUGUCAACCCCUACUCUGGUGAGCUCAGUCUGGAAUUUCCGGUCCAAGAACAAAAUUGUUUAGGCGGGAUUCUAGCAGACGAAAUGGGUCUUGGGAAAACUAUUGAGAUGUUAAGCUUGAUCCACUCUCACAAACCUGAGGUAGUCAAAAGUCAGUCCGCAGGGUUUGAUACCUUAUCGGGAGCUUUUUUCAAUACCGCUCGACCCGUGCCCGCUCCGUAUACCACCCUUGUUGUGGCUCCAACUUCUCUUCUCGCCCAAUGGGAGAGUGAGGCAAUGAAGGCUUCAAAAGAAGGAUCAAUGAAGGUUUUGGUUUACUACGGUAGUGAUAAAACAGCAGAUUUGAGAAAGCUCUGCUCCAUGUCCAAUCCAAAUUCUUCUCCAAACCUUAUAAUUACGAGCUAUGGUGUUGUUCGUUCAGAACAUAGCCAGCUCGCUGGUCGGUCUGCUAUGAAUUCGAGUGGGGGUCUUUUUUCUGUGAACUUUUUCCGUGUUAUUCUCGACGAAGCGCACUAUAUCAAGAACAGGGCCUCUAAAACUGCGCGGGCAUGUUAUGAUAUUAAAGGCACUCAUCGAUGGGCUCUCACAGGCACUCCUAUCGUCAAUCGACUUGAAGAUCUCUUCAGCCUGGUACGAUUCCUCAAAGUAGAGCCGUGGAGCAACUUUUCUUUCUGGAAAACUUUUAUCACCGUUCCAUUUGAAUCGAAGGAUUUUUUGCGUGCGCUAAAUGUUGUGCAAACUGUCCUUGAACCGCUUGUCCUCCGUCGAACCAAGACUAUGAAGACCCCCGAUGGCGAGGCACUCGUCCCUCUACCCCCUCGAACCAUUAAAAUAGCUGAAGUUGAACUUUCAAGCCAAGAACGCGAAAUUUAUGACUUGAUAUUCACUCGGGCUAAGCGAACAUUCAAUGACAAUGUGGCGGCAGGCACACUUUUAAAAUCGUAUACGACCAUUUUUGCGCAAAUUCUUCGUCUGCGCCAAACAUGUUGCCAUCCCGUGCUCACGCGAAAUCAAAACAUAGUUGCAGAAGAAGAGGAUGCAGCCAUCGCUGCCGAUGAUGCUAACGUUUUCAAGGAUGAUAUGGACCUUCAGGACCUCAUUGACCGAUUCACGAUGGCUACCUCUAGCGAGAAUCCUGACGGUCAGCAUGACCCUAUUAGCAAGUUCACUACGCAUGCUCUACGACAGAUACAGACCGAGACAAGUGGGGAAUGUCCUAUAUGCACGGAUGAACCGAUGGUUGACCCUGCAGUCACCUCCUGCUGGCACAGUGCUUGCAAAAAAUGCCUAGUAGACUACGUAGAACACCAAAGAGACAAAGGUCAAAUGCCUCGUUGCUUCUCUUGUCGUGAGACCAUCACGAUUCGAGAUAUUUUUGAAGUUAUCCGCCACAGAUCACCCAACCAGACUCCUGGUGAAGGAGACUUGUACGAUAGUGCACCACUGGGGUCAUCCUCUCCCGCACCUCGCAUUUCUCUUCGUCGGAUAAACCCUCUAUCCCCGACAGCUCAAACCUCCGCCAAGAUCCAUGCCCUAAUUUCACAUCUGACAGACCUUCCGCCAAACACCAAGUCCGUUGUUUUCUCACAAUUCACCUCAUUUCUCGACCUCAUUGGACCGCAGUUGACCCGUGCGGGAAUUCCAUAUCUCCGUUUCGAUGGCACCAUGGCGCAGAAAGCGCGCUCGGCAGUCCUGGCCAAAUUCACUUCUGCACAUUUCCCUGACGAGGAGGACGAUGAAGAUGGUAACAACAAGCGCCAAUCGAAAUUUCCCUCGUCACGCUCUCACGUUAAAGCCCCCCCACCAAACGUCUUGUUAAUCAGUCUUCGUGCUGGGGGAGUCGGGUUGAAUCUUACCGCUGCCAAUCAGGUGUUUAUGAUGGACCCCUGGUGGAGCUUUGCAACCGAAGCUCAGGCGAUCGAUAGGGUUCAUCGCAUGGGUCAACUGAAAGAUGUAUCAGUGACCAGAUUUAUUGUAAAGGAUAGUAUUGAGGGUCGUAUUUUAAGGAUUCAAGAACGGAAAAUGAUGAUUGCGGGAUCAUUGGGAUUGAGGGUUGGAGGUGAUGGGGGCGAGGAAGAGCGGAGGAAGGAAAGGAUUGAGGAGUUGAAGCUAUUAUUUGAGUAG